CUCUUGCAGCGUUCGUUUCUUUCGCUAUCGUUGACGGUGCGCGAGACAUCCGGAGGAGUUUCUGACGUUUCGACGUUGUGUUUUGUUUUUAACGUCAAAGCAAUGGCCGGGAUUAAAGCCCUGAUCAGCCUCUCCUUCGGUGGAGCCAUUGGUCUCAUGUUUUUGAUGCUUGGCUGUGCCUUGCCUGUGUAUAAUGAAUACUGGCCGCUUUUUCUUCUCUUCUUCUACAUCCUGUCUCCCAUCCCGUACUGCAUCUCUCGGCGUGUGGUGGACGAUACAGACUCAGCUAGUAACGCCUGCAAAGAACUGGCCAUUUUCCUCACCACAGGGAUCGUUGUGUCUGCCUUCGGCCUGCCCAUCAUAUUCGCACGCGCUAGUGUGAUCGCCUGGGGGGCCUGUGCUCUUGUCCUGACAGGAAACAUUGUCAUUUUCGGCACCAUUCUGGGCUUCUUCCUCGUCUUCGGAUCAAAUGACGACUUCAGCUGGCAGCAGUGGUGAAGCGGAGAACUGUUUUUAUCAACAUACAUUCUUACCAUGGCUGUUGCCAUGGUUCUUAGUGUCGUCUUUAUUAUUUAUAGUGACUGGCCAUCUGUAUAAAGAGGAAAUCAGUGCAAUAAGUUGUCACUGGGAUCGGGUUGACCUCAGAAAGCUGUUCUCUCUUUCUUUUUUUCCAUUAGCAAUGUUUUGUUUCUUCUUCUUUUUUUUUUUUGCACAAGCAUGAUUGACGCUUCUUUACAGAGUGUAGAAUGUGUAAUGCCAUGAAAAAAAUAAGCUAAUAUGGAUAGAUAAUUCUCGUGAUGAAAUAUGCGGUUAGAACUAAUCGCAGAUUCUGUCAUUUGGAGCGCGUCGUUUAGCUUUAGUAGCUUUAGCAUUUAGCUUGGCGAAUCCGCAGUGUUAUAUUUUAAAAGUGAAUUCCCGUUUCAUGUAACCUGGGGUUAGUUAUAAUUUAUUGAUGUCGAAUGCACUGUCUGCUGACACCAUUGCAUUAUCGGUUGCACAAUUCCAUCCCAUAACCAAAUGCCAGAGCCAUUCACUGCUGUUUAAGGUAUAAUCUUGUAAUUUAGUGGCCAUAACUUGUAUAGUACACCUUGUGUAAAAGUGUGCGCUUUACAGCCAGUUCCCGAAAAAGUGUAGUCAAAUAAGACAUAGUUGUGUAUCGGAGCUACAAAACCCACUUUGCGAACAAGUAACUGAGCGUAAACUAGCAUCAUGCUAACUGUGUUCGGAAAUCAUUGCACUCGCUUCAGAGAGCAUGAUUAGCACAUAAACUACUUCAUGGAGUUGUGAAGUGAAUCUUUUUUUUUUUUUAAAUAAAAAUAAAUCAGUCUGUUUCAAAAUGGCCAUCUCUGUAGUUUUUAGCUGAGAGGUGAUUUUCUGUCAGCAUUCGAUAAGCAAGUCUAACACGGGUGAAAAAAAAGUGAUUGUUGCAUUACGCGUUUAGCAUGAUGCUAAUCAUUCUAGUCUAAAUGUUGUGUGCACUGGAGCUGUGCGAAAGAUUAGCAUUAUGCUAACUGUUAUCUGAGUAUUAGCACAGAGACAAUUUCCGAGAGUUGUAAAGUGAGAUUCGAUGUACAAAUUUAAGCAUAUAGAUAAGGGUAAGGUAUCCUGUCUCAGAAUGGCUGUCAUUAAGGUAAUUUUGUGUCAGCACCAUUAAGCAAGUCUUUAAAGUGCAUAUUCUGGACCAAUUUGUUUUUUUAUAUGAAAGCAUGUCCCUUUACACACUCAUCCAGAAGGGUAAUUUUGCACAAGGCCAUCUGUCUACAGCAGAAAAAAAUAAAAUAACAAAACGCGUCUGGAAAAAUCCCAAGGGAGUCUGGAGCCAGAUUCGUGACGUUACCUGCGGAAGCGCCAGCAGGCUGCGAGAGCUUUGCACGGUUUCAGUGCACAGCCUGUGUAGACCAAGCGCUCCCAUUUCUCUCUCAUUGUCCGGUCUUUUGGAAAACGAUGAGUCCCAUCAAGAUUGGUGUUGCUACACCCUCCUACGAUACAUCUGUUAACCAUUUUAAUAAUUACGCGAUAACGUUGAAGAAAUUUGCAGAAAACCACCAGGUCGUUUUCUCAUAAACAGACCAGCGCUGACAUAGGAUUCAGAAGGAGGCGUCCCGCACGCGACGUCACGAAAAUCAAUGUUUCCCGGGAAAUCCAAAUGCCAAGUUUUUUCAGAGGCGGACCAAUUCAACUCAAACGCCUUGAUUUCAACUGAAUUUUUCUGGUAUUGUGCAAGGUAAAAAAAAUUGCACAGAAUGCAAAGUGUGACAGAUAUUUGACCAAAGUUUAAUAUAAAAUAGGAGAAUUACAUUGAUCUUGCUCCUGAAUUUACCCGUGAUAUGCACUUUAAGAUUUGGAUCCAAAAAAAAAAAUAAGAACCACUGAGGUAAAAGUGCUAAUUAUUCGAGUCUCACUGUUUGCACUGGAGCUGUGAGAAAUACGCUGACUGUACUCGGGAAAACAUGACACACUUGCUUCAAACAGCAUCACGUAUUCGCAUUAGCACAUGCACUAUUUCAUAUAGUUAUAAAGUGAGUCUGUAUUUUCAAACGACUAUAUAAAUCACAGUAAGUCAUGUUGUUUUUUUUUUUGUUUGUUUUUUCCUUCAGCUGUGAGGUAACUAUAUCAGCGCCAUAGAAGCAAGUCAGUUUAAGAUUAGCACUGAGGUAAAAAAGUGAUUAUUUCACUAUACAGUUAGCUUGAUGCUAAUUAUUCAAGUCUAAUUAUUGAAGGUAGUAUGCACUGGAGCUGUGAGAAAGAUUAGCAUUAUGCUAACUGUUGACUGAAAUCAUCACACUAGCUUCAGUGUCAUGUAUUAGCAUUAGCACAUAGACUAUUUCAUAUAAAGUUAGUCUGUAGUCACAAAUUUAAAUAUAUAAAUAACAGUAAGUCAUCUUGUAUCACAAUGGCAGCCACUUUUUUUUUUCUGUUUUUGUUUUUUCUCUCUCUCCAGCUGUGAGGUAACUUUAUAUCAGCAAAGUCAGUUUCAGAUUAACACUGAGGUAAAAAAGCGAUUAUUUCACUAUACAGUUAGCCUGAUGCUAAUUAUUCAAGUCAAUAGGUUGCGUGCUAGUCUGGUUAACACCAGACCAUAUCACAAGUGAAAUAUGGUCUGGAAUCCGCCUAUUGAAUUUCUCGUAGGGGAGGUGUGGUUUACGAUUGUCAACGGCCAUUUAUUGGACGUUGCGAAUGUCUAUCAUUUGGCGUAUACGUAGCCCAUGGCCAAUCAUGGCAGUUGUACCCGGUGACGUAGUUAGAGCGACGAAGAAGACAAAGAGGCGAAGAAGAGAAGGCAAAACAAAAAUAGAUUGUAACGCCAAACGCUGUUCUUUUUUUAAAACAAACUUUCGCUCUAAACUAUUCAGAACAGUGUCUAAAGCUUGAUCGAAAGUUUGGUUCGUAUCGCUCGCCGCCAUGUUAAAUGUGAUCCGUAAACAGUCCCAAAUAAACUACAAGCUUCCGUUUGUCGAGUAGUACGCGUCACCGUCUUUCCACCCCUCCCCACUCUCUGAUUGGCUCCCUAACUCAGGCGAGCCUUUAUGGUGAUGAUACACGGGGCAACUUUUUGGGCAAUGUUGCCGAGCAAUGUUGCUGGCAACGGGCAACUAGGUGAGACACAGGGCAACUUUUCAGGGCAACUAACAAUGGGCAACAACAGUUAGCAACGGCAGUUUACAGUUAGCUAAAAAAAAAAAAUCGAUGUCUUAAUUUUUGCUGUGACCAUUUAAUCAAGCUGUCUGUUGUUUUUUAGAGCUUUGGUGAGGUAAAUUCCUCCAUAUAGAAUAUUAAAAUAACUUACCGGCGUAAAAACGGAUGAGGAGUCUCUCCAUCUCUUCACUCCACUGACACUGAGCGGCCGCCAUAUUUGUUUGAAAUUUCUGAUCCAAACCUUACCAGAGGUCACAUGACUCGAUACUCGCGUUCUGAUUGGCUUAUCUCAAAAAGUUGCCAGAGAUUAUCAAAACCAUUCAGAAAGAAACAAUGUUGCCCAAUCUCAAUAGAAAAGAGUCAAAACGCAGUUGCCCAGCAACAUUGCUCGGCAACAUUGCCCAAAAAGUUGCCCCGUGUAUCAUCACCAUUAGACCAUAGUUUCCAUGCUGUCUUUUCAGAUUGGAACGAUUGUGCAAAGCAGCAUGGGAUUUCCCAGGCUAGUUGUGUGCACUGGAGCUGUGAGAAAGAUUAGCAUUAUGCUAACUGUUGACUGAAAUCAUCACACGAGCUUCAAACAGUGUCGUGUAUUUAGCAUAAGCACUUAAGCCUCGGUCACAACCGGCCGUACGUGCUCCUACGGCCGGUCUACGCGCAAGAAACACAUGGAGGGCGCGCGUGAAACGUAUGGAGGGCGCGCGUGUGACGUGCUGGUUUUCGAGCCGUAGACUGGCCGCAGAGUUUCUUUGUCAUGUCAAACAAACUCUACGGACGCUUACGUUUUUUUUCAGGUUGCAAGACAAACUUAUGGCCAACGUGCGUCUUUCUCCAUGAACAAAAAAAAAAAAAAAACGCAGCGAUUUGGGAAACGCCAAAAAUCGCACGGCCAAAAAAUCGUACGUCUGGUUGUGACCUAGGCUAAAGACUGUUUCAUAUAAAGUUUGUCUGUAGUCACAAAUUUAAAUAUAACAGUAAGUCAUCCUGUAUCACAAUGGCAGCCACAUAUUUUUUUCUUUUCUCAGCUGUGAGGUAACUUUGUGUCAGCAUUGUAUGAGCAAGUCAGUUUAAGAUUAACACUGAGGUAAAAAAAAAAAAAAGCGAUUAUUUCAUUAUACAGUUAGCAUGAUGCUAAUUAUUCAAGUCAAUAGGUUAUGUGCACUGGAGCUGUGAGAAAGAUUAGCAUUAUGCUAACCGUUGACUGAAAUCAUCACACUAGCUUCAAACAGUGUCAUGUAUUAGCAUUAGCACAUAGAUUAUUUCAUAUAAAGUUAGUCUGUAGUCACAAAUUUAAAUAUAUAAAUAACAGUAAGUCAUCCUGUAUCACAAUGGCAGCCACUGGUGGUUUUUUUUCUCUCUCUCUCCCCACCUGUGAGGUAACUUUUUAUAUAUCAGCACCAUAGAAGCAAGUCAGUUUCAGAUUAACAGUGAGGUAAAAAAGCGAUUAUUUCACUAUACAGUUAGCAUGAUGCUAAUUAUUCAAGUCAAUAGGUUGCGUGCACUCGAGCUGUGAGAAAGAUUAGCAGUAUGCUUACCGUUUACUGAAAUCAUCACACUAGCUUCAAACAGUGUUGUGUAUUUAGCAUAAGCACAUAGACGAUUUCAUAUAAAGUUAAUCUGUAGUCACAAAUUUAAAUAUAUAAAUAACAGUAAGUCAUCCUGUAUCAAAAUGGCUGCCACAUAGAUUUUUUUUCUUUUCUCAGCUGUGAGGUAACUUUGUGUCUGCACUGUAUGAGCAAGUCAGUUUAAGAUUAACACUGAGGUAAAAAAAAAAAGUGAUUUAUUUCACUGUACAGUUAGCAUGAUGCUAAUCAUUCAGGUCUUAAUGUUGUGUGCACUGGAGCUGUGAGAAAGCCGAGCGGGAUGUUAACUGUAUCCUGAAAUAUUUACACACUCACUUGAAAGAGCGACGAACAAGAAUUUUUAAACUAAAGAAUAAUUUUAAAACAUAAAUAUACGAGAAAUCUAUCAAAGGUAAUUUAUCUCCGAGGUCAGCUGUAUGAUUGAUUAUUUCAGCACUGUUAGCUUCAUGCUAAUCAGCAUUUACUAGUUGGUAGCAUUUUAUUUGCCUUGUAGCUCUUGUGCUAAUACUGAAGAAAAUUUGGACACAACAUGGCAUGGCUUAUUGAAUACAUGUGUGGGGAAUAAUUUUUAUAAUUUAUUUUUAGUUUGAUGAAAUGUUGUUCUUCCAACAACAUUCAUAUGAGGUCCUGGGUGGUUUUUUUUUUUUUUUUAAAGAUGACAAAAGCACUGACACAUUUGCUAGAUGUCUAUUUCUAUUUCUCAUUAUUUAUUUCUUCCUCAGUUAUUGUACUGUGUAACUGUAACCAUAUAAGAACAUGACUGACUACAAAUUGCUAAAUUACGGUAAUGUAUUUAUCAGCCAUUUUGUCCGACAGUAAGGUUGAGUGUCGCAUUGCAUAUGUUCGCCAAAGGGUGCUUUCGUUCAACAAUGUCGGCCAGAGUCAUGAGUCCAGAACCACCGGGAACUGUUUCUAUUCACACUCGCAACGUCACAAGUUGCUGAUGUGUCUCUUGGUGGAUUGUACUGUCCAUAGGUUUUGGAAUAAAAUCAGCAUUUUGUUCUCAGACUUUUAAACCUGACUGUCAGUUAAGAUGAAUGAGAAGACUGUGUGAAGUCAUUUAGAGCCCAAUUUGUUACCUACAGGCAAAAUAAUAAUAAAAAACAAUUCACAUAUUUCUAGUUAAUCCAAAGCACUGUAAAAGUUUCAUUUGAAAUACUUUGCUUGUUUGUAUCAUCUCCGUGUCCUAAGCUGCUGAAAUUGAAAAACAUGGUGGUUGUUGUUUCUCAUUUUUCUUUUCUUUUUUUAAAUAAACGCCAUUUUUAAAGCAAA